GAAGCUAAGGCUAAGAAAAACAAAACGAUAAGUGUGUUAAAAUUGUUCCAUGAGUCGUUUUGAGGUUCUGUGUCCAUCAAGCGACACGUCGUUUUGAAGCAGGAACCGAACCGUGCACCCCUUUGUAGUUUGAAGCGAUCAACACGCGCAACCACGGCGAUGAUGAUGCAAAUCAACAUCACCUCCACCACCUCAAUCGUCACGGCGUUCUCUUCGGAUCAUUCCCCGAAUGUUCUACCUUGAGCCAUGUCCAACCUCGUUCAGAUUCGCGUCGCCGCCGACGCUAGCGAUGGCUUCGACUCUCCGGCGAAGCAGAAAGCAGCCAACCGCAGCUCCUACAGCAAUCGCCCCUUUCUCUCCCUCCGCCGCGCCAAACAGUUCCUCGGCGCCGCCAAGUUCAAGCUCUUCUUAGUUCUUUUUGCUCUCUCCAUCGUCGUUUUUGUCUCCUCCAGACUCAGUUCGUGGAUGGGAUGGAACCCUCACCACUCCUCUUCGGUUUCCUCCACUUCAAGGGGUGGCUAUACUGUGCUUAUAAACACUUGGAGGCAUAAAUCUCUUCUGAAACAAACUGUUGCUCAUUAUGCAUCCUGUCAAAGUGCUGAUGCAAUACAUGUGGUGUGGAGUGAAAGUGAACAACCAUCCGAGAGGCUGAAAACAUAUCUGAAUAAGAUUGUGGUUUUGAAGUCUCAGAAAGCUCAUAAACCAAACUUUAGAUUUGACAUCAAUGCAGAUGGUGAGCCAAACAGCAGGUUUAAGCCAAUAAAGGACCUCAAGACAGAUGCAAUUUUCUCAGUUGAUGAUGAUGUGGUUGUUCCAUGCUCUACUCUAGAUUUUGCUUUCUCUGUCUGGCAAAGUGCACCAUUUACGAUGGUGGGAUUUGUUCCUCGAAUUCACUGGCUGGAUAAGGAGCAAAACAAUGCUGCAUAUUACAGGUAUGGAGGAUGGUGGUCUGUUUGGUGGAUGGGCACUUAUAGCAUGGUUCUCUCAAAGGCUGCAUUCUUUCACAGGAAAUACUUGGAUUUAUAUACUCACGAGAUGUCUCCAUCAAUUCAGGACUAUGUUUCCAGGGAGAGAACUUGUGAAGACAUUGCAAUGUCCCUUUUUGUUGCUAAUGCCACAAGUGGUCCUCCAAUAUGGGUGAAAGGCAAAAUCUAUGAGAUUGGCGCAUCAGCUAUUAGCAGUCUGAGAGGGCAUAGCCACAGGAGAAGCAAAUGUCUCAAUGACUUGAUAUCACUUUACGGAACUCUUCCACUUGUAUCAACUAAUGUGAAAGCAGUUAGCGCUAGAAAUGAAUGGUUAUGGUAGUUUUGCUAUUUCAUUAAUCAGUUAGCGUUAAUGAUUAAAAAUCAUUGGUCAAGGAAUUUAUCGGCAUAUUGUGUGUAUACAAUAGUUCACACUUCUUAAGUGUCUCACUAAGUUUUGAUUCAUUGAUGUCUGAUGCAAAAAUGUAAUUUGCAUCUUAGUUUUUUGCUUAUGCUAAUUCUGCAAAAUGCCUAGUGCUGAUGCUCCACUGAUUAUUCUGCAAAACCAAGAUGCUCCACUUCCCUCUUUAAUUGUUCUGUAAGUAUUAAGAAUGACUAUACAAAUAUAUUACGCAAAAGACCUAGGUUUGUUCUUGUUAUGAACGUGGUCCUGCCCAGUUAUCAACAUAAUAAUGCUUUUGUGGACAUGCAUGUCUAUUCUAGCUAUUCUCCAUGUAUUGCAAAAUCAAUUACCAUAUUAGAAAUGGCUCGGGUUGUGUUGCUGCA